CAGGAAGAUUUUGCCCAAAGCUGGCCGCUUUUGAAACUGACAUGUGGCUCAGCAAUGGAGCAGCCUUCUCCUUUCGUAAUCCAGCCUGUGGAAAGGUAUAUAUUGUGGAAGAAGCUAUUGAAUGACAUUGGUAAUUGCAACCAUUGAAAAUAAAUGGCACAGAAUUUGUCACAUCUCUUCUAGAGAAGAUGACCCAUUAGAUUUUCUGAUUUCUUAAGAAACAGCACAACUGCCAUCUUAAAAUGGCAGCCCAGAGGAUUCGUGCUGCUAAUGCCAGUUGCCUCUCACGAUGCAAAUCUGAGGGGAUGCUGAUAGACCUGAAUGAAGAAUUCUCAGAAACCAGUUUCAAUUCUGUCAAAGUGCCUUCUCCUGGUGCCUUGAUGACAGAUAGUCUUACUUCAUUGGGAACUGCAAAGGAAGUUGUAGCUAUUAAAGACUAUUGUCCAAGCAACUUUACUACAUUGAAGUUUUCCAAGGGGGACCAUCUCUAUAUCUUAGAUACCUCAGGAGGUGAGUGGUGGUAUGCACACAAUACCACAGAAAUGGGCUAUAUUCCAUCCUCCUACGUACAGCCCAUAAACUAUUGGAACUCUUCAUUAACUGACAGUGGAAUGAUAGACUAUCUCCUUGAAUGUUCUGAUGAAGGAGCAAAAGAGUUGGAUCUGCUUGGAGACUGGUCAGAUGCAAAGUGGAACUUAGCUAAGAACAAUCCUUUUUUGAACAGUAUUCAAACUACUAACCAUUUUCUGGAUGGAAAUAUGAAAGAAAUGUCAAAAAAGAGCGAAGAGGGUUCCCCCCAAAUCACAAUGGAUUUGUUACUCUUUGAUACAGUGCCUACACUUACAGGGUCAAGUUCUGCAGCAAAUAGCAGUGCAGGUAAUAAUCUUGACAAAGUGCCAUCAUUGAAUGGAUUUGAUUUUGAGAAAGCAAACAGACGAGACAAUCCUUUUUUUAGAAGCAAACGCUCAUACAGUUUAUCAGAGCUCUCUAUACUUCAGGCAAAAUCAGAAAGUCCAUCUUCAUCAGGUUUCUUUAGCGGAUUGAAAUCUCCUACCCCAGAGCAAUUCCAAAGUAGAGAAGAUUUCAGGGUUGCAUGGCUAAAUCAUCGGAAACUAGCAAGAUCAUGCCAUGACUUGGAUUUGCUGGGUCAGAACCCUGGUUGGGGUCAGACACAACCUGUGGAGACCAACAUAGUUUGCAAAUUGGAUAGUUCAGGUGGUGCAGUUCAGCUUCCAGAUACAAAUAUUAAUAUUCAUGUACCCGAAGGACAUGUGGCUGAUGGAGAUGCACAACAGAUCUCUAUGAAAGCUCUAUUGGAUCCACCAUUAGAACUCAACAGUGACAAAUGCAGUACCCUAAGUCCUGUGCUAGAAAUUAAGCUGAGCAACAUGGAAAUCAGAACACCCAUUAUAUUGGAAAUGAAAAUUUCAGCAGAAAUUAACAGUGACGUUUUGAGCAAGAAUUUAGUAACAGUAAGGUGCCUGAGGAGUGAUGUGAAGGAAGGCCCAUAUACUCCAAUGGCGCUAAGCUACUGUUAUGGAGGCACAAUCAAGGUUCAGUUGGAGAACCUGGAGCCCUGCAUGUAUAUAGCUAUUGUAGCCCAUGGACAGAACAUUUCAUAUCCUUACACGGUUUGGGAUUAUAUCAAUAAAAAAAUUACAGUUGGGGUCUAUGGUCCAAAACACAUACAUCCUUCAUUUAAAACUGUAGUUGCUGUAUUUGGACAUGACUGUGCCCCAAAGAGUCUUAUAGUUAAUGAAGUUACACGUCAAGUACAUAGUGCAGCACCUGUAAUGCUGCAUUUGUGGGGAAAGCACCAGUUCUUCUUACGAAGGCCACAAGACUUAAAACUUUGCAUGUUUUCAAAUAUGCCUAAUUAUGAGGUGAAAGCGAGUGAUCAGGCAAAGAUGGUUAGAGGAUUCCAAAUGAAGCUUGGCAAAGUCAGUCGCCUCAUUUUCCACAUCAUAUCACAUGACCCUAAUGAGCUGUCCGAUUUUACUUUAAGAAUUCAAGUCAAAGAUGACAAAGAUAUUAUGCUUGCUCAGUUCUGUGUACAGACACCUCAGCCACCUCUUAAAAAUGCUGCUAGGUGCAUUGGGCAGCGAAGAUUUCUGAAAAAAAAUGAAAUUGGGAAAAUAAUUUUGUCUCCUCUUGCAACCACCAGCAAAUAUCCUGUUUUCCAAGAUCGGACUGUCACUGGUUUAAAAUAUGGCAAAAUGCUGAAAACUGUAGUGAGGCAAAAUAAAAACCAUUAUCUCCUGGAGUAUAAGAAAGGAGAUGCUUUAGCUUUGCUGAGUGAGGAGAAAAUCAGAUUGAAAGGUCAGCUCUGGACCAAGGAAUGGUACAUUGGAUACUAUCGUGGUAAAAUUGGCCUAGUCCAUACUAAAAAUGUUUUAAUUGUUGGAAAAGUCAAACCAAAUUAUUUCUUUGGACCUGAGCUUACUACAAGUAUAUUGCUGGAGCAAAUUCUAAGACCUUGCAAAUUUCUUACCUAUAUCUAUGCUUCAGUAAGGACUUUACUGAUGGAAAAUAUUAGCAGCUGGCGUGCCUUUGCAGAUGCUCUGGGAUAUCGGAACUUGCCACUUGCUUUUUUCUGUCGAGCAGAAUUGGACAGUGAACCAGAAUGUGUUGCUUCUGUGUUGGAGAAGUUGAAAGAGGACUGUAAUAAUUCAGAAGGUAAAGAUAAAAAAUCUUUCCAGAAAGAACUGAUGUCGGCAUUAUUGAAAAUGGACUGUCAAGGCUUGGUUGUCAAGCUAAUUCAGGAUUUUGUUCUUCUGACUACAGCUGUAGAAGUGUCUCAGCGCUGGAGAGAACUUGCUGAGAAAUUGGCUAAAGUUUCUAAGCAACAAAUGGAUGCCUAUGAAGCUCCCCAUCAGGAUAAGAAUGGUGCAGUUGAUAGUGAGGUAAAAAAAUACAUUGUGUUCAGGCCAUCCUGGAAGACCAAAUUAACUCAGUAACUUGGAAAAUGAGUUUCGUACUAUGUUCAACAUAUUUUCCCUCUCUUAAAUAAAGACAGCCAAACUAAGAAAAGAAAGCAAUCUGUGUUGUACAGCCAUUG